AAACGUCAACCGAAAAAUAGUUUUCUUUUCUUAUAUUUUGUAUGGAUUAGAAACAAUAUCCUAUUUAAAAAAGAUACCUAAGGAACCUCUAUUAACGUGACACUAAAGAAUAAUCACGAGUUUUUAGUUCACGAUGGAGUCGUCAGCGGUACAGGCCGAGAGAGUUUGCGUGAAGGCUGAACCCUGUGAGGAUACUGAGGAUCUGUGUAGUAUAUUUUCAACAGAGGAGCCCUUCGGAGUGUUUGUGAAAGCUCAGAAAGCUGAGCCUAUGGAUGAUGUGCGUGUAAAAGACGAGCCCAGGUGCGAUGGUGUGAUAAAAACUGAGCCAUCGUGCACAAAUGUGUGUAUAAAAGACGAGUCGCUCGGCAGCGCGGCGGCCGAGCUGUACGCCGACCAUGUUGUGAAAGAUGAGCUAGUGCUCGGCCCCAUACUAGUGGAACGGCGCGGCGUGCGCCAAGCACCAACAGGGCAAACUGCACAGGAGAGGCCAUGCACUAGACCCAUAACACACACUGGUGAAAAGAGUUACAAAUGUGACCAGUGUAGUUUUGCUAGUAAUUACAAAAAUGAUUUAUUAAGACAUAUAAGAACACACACUGCCGAAAAGCGUUACAAAUGUGACCAGUGUAGUUUUGCUAGUUAUUACAAAUAUAGUUUAUUAGUUCAUAUAAGAACACACAAUGGUGAAAAGAGAUACAAAUGUGACCAGUGUAGUUAUGCUAGUUAUUACAAAAAUGAUUUAUUAAGACAUAUAAGAACACACAGUGGUGAAAAGUCUUACAAAUGUGACGAGUGUAGUUUUGCAAGUAAUUACAAAUAUAGUUUAUUAGUCCAUAUAAGAAAACACACUGGUGAAAAGCGUUACAAAUGUGACCAGUGUAGUUAUGCUAGUAAUUACAAAUCUCAUUUAUCAAGACAUAUAAGAACACACACUGGUGAAAAGAGAUACAAAUGUGACCAGUGUAGUUUUGCUAGUUAUUACAAAAAUGAUUUAUUAAGACAUAUAAGAACACACACUAGUGAAAAGUCUUACAAAUGUGACGAGUGUAGUUUUGCAAGUAAUUACAAAUAUAGUUUAUUAGUCCAUAUAAGAAAACACACUGGUGAAAAGCGUUACAAAUGUGACCAGUGUAGUUAUGCUAGUAAUUACAAAUCUCAUUUAUCAAGACAUAUAAGAACACACACUGGUGAAAAGCCUUACAGGUGUGACCAAUGUAGUUAUGCUAGUAAAUGCAAACAUAAUUUAUUAAUCCAUAUAGGAAAACACACUAGUGGUGAAAAACGUUACAAAUGUGACCAGUGUAGUUAUGCUAGUAAUUACAAAUCUGAUUUAUUAAGACAUAUAAGAACACACACUGGUGAAAAGCCUUACAGAUGUGACCAGUGUAAUUAUGCUAGUAAAUGCAAACCUAAUUUAUUAAUCCAUAUAAGAAAACACACUAGUGGUGAAAAACGUUACAAAUGUGACCAGUGUAGUUAUGCUAGUAAUUACAAAUCUGAUUUAUUAAGACAUAUAAGAACACACACUGGUGAAAAGCCUUACAGAUGUGACCAGUGUAAUUAUGCUAGCAACGCAAAAUGUAAUUUGCUUGUCCAUAUAAGAACACACACUGGUGAAAAAUCUUACAAAUGUGACGAGUGUAGUUUUGCUAGUAAUUACAAAUAUAGUUUAUUAGUCCAUAUAAGAACACACAGUGGUGAAAAGAGAUACAAAUGUGACCAGUGUAGUUUUGCUAGUAAUUACAAAAAUGAUUUAUCAAGACAUAUAAGUACACACACUAAUGAAAAGCCUUACAGAUGUGACCAGUGUAGUUAUGCUAGUAAUUACAUAGAUAAUUUAUUGAAACAUGUGAGAACACAUACUGCUGAAUUACCUUGCAAAUCUGGCCAAUGUGGUUAUGGUAGCUGGCGUGCGUAUAAUUUGCAACAACAUAUAAGGACACAAACUUACCAGUGUGGUAAUGGUAGCAACACUAGCAACCAUGAACCUUUACCGCCUGGUAUGGAACGUCAUGUAAAGAAACCUGAAGUGAGGUGUUAUGUGAACAAAACGCGUGCGCUACGUUUGACAGCCGGCGAGUCACAGGAUAAGGCAGGAGAGGCGUAGCUAACAGAAAGCGGCACUGUGAUUACCACCAGACGGGGACCCUUUGUUUGACAAUUAUUGAGUCAUAAUGUAAUGAUUGUCAUAUUAUCAUCACUACAUAGUAUAAACACAGAUAAAUAAUAGUACUACCAUACAGAAAGGAAACUUCCUACAAAACCGAAGUUUGACAGCGGUUCAGGGUCGAAUCAUGCUGUUCCUCUCUAGUAUAUGACACUACCCCUUUCGGCUAUUUAGGGUUGUCAAAAUUCAAGUCAUUAUCUUAUCUGUGGUCGUGCACGCAAUAGGAUGUCAAGUGCCAACCCUAAUAAUUGCUCGGAGCAAUGCUGUGCCGAACGGUGACGAGUUUGCCCAAACAAGGAGUUUCACACCCCUGGUAUAAAACAAAGUCUGUUUCCGCUGUCUGUAUGUCUGUCCCUAUGUAUGCUUAGAUUUUAAAAACUACGCAAUGGAUUUUGAUGAGGUUUUUUUAAUAGAUAGAGUGAUCCAAGAGGAAGGUUUAUAUGUAUAAUUUGUAAAGGUUUUGUGUAAAUUAGUUGAACUACCCGUGCGAAGCCAGGGCGGAUCGCUAGUUAGUCAUAAUUCUGAAACCGUUAACUUUCAGGAUUUUCGUAAGGUUAUCCUAUAGAUAAGUUAGGUUAUUCUUUUAUGGGAAUCCUGAAGAGUUAUGCGUUUCUGAGAAAAAACAUAUUAUGACUAACGAAAAUGUGGACAAACAAUACAUUAUGACUUAAAACUAUAUGGGAAACAAUAGAGACCCCGAACAGACAUAUAGGGGGCAAAAUUUAAUGACGGGGCUAUAUCACCUGCUGAUAGUAUAUAUAUAUGUU